AAUCAUGGAUGGCAUUAAGCAUCAUCCACAAAGGUGACUCUAAUAUAGAGAGAGAGAGAGCUAGAAAAAAAGAAGGAAAAUUGGAAGAAUGAAUGGCUGAAUGAUAUCCAUCAUUGAAUCCCAUGUGCCUCCUCUCUUCAAUCCCCAUAUCUCCCUCUCCUCCAUCAAUUUCUACAUUACCUCUCCUCCUCAGUUAUAAUUCAUAAUCCACUUUCUAGGGUUUUGAGAAUUUGCAUCACCAAACCAAAAGCUGAUCACAUUCAGAUUAUGCACAUAUACCCAUAUAUAUGUCUAUGUAAAUACUUUGGAGAGAGAGAAUCUUAUUCACUUUUCUUUUCAUCAGAGAAUAUAAAGACUCAAACUUUCCCUCUGAUUCUGAUCCAUUGCCUUCUCUUUUGACUUGAAAACUCUCCUCCCAAGAUUUCUAGAGAGGGAAACUUGGUUUUAUCUUAGAUAGAGAAAAUGGGUAUCGUUUAAUAUUUUUUUGUCGUUAUAUGUGGAAGAUAAUUUGACAGGGAGAUUCAUUGAGAAAAAGAGAGAGAUGUUGGCAAUGGAGAAAGAUUUUGAUUCCAAGCUAAGGAUUCAGAGCAGCAAUAACUCUUCGUCUUCUGCUUCCUCUUCCCCUACUUCCUCCAAUAAUAACAACAAUGUGAAUGUUCCGAGAUCUAAGAGCUUUUCAUUCAGGGCUCCUCAGGAGAAUUUCAGUAUUCAGGAUUUUGAGCUAGGCAAGAUCUACGGUGUUGGUUCUUAUUCAAAGGUAGUGAGGGCAAAGAAGAAGGAUACUGGAGUGGUAUACGCCUUGAAGAUCAUGGACAAGAAAUUCAUUACCAAAGAAAAUAAAACAGCUUAUGUGAAGUUGGAACGCAUUGUUCUUGAUCAAUUGGAUCAUCCAGGAAUUGUGCGGCUAUUUUUUACUUUUCAAGAUUCUUUUUCACUAUACAUGGCACUUGAAUCCUGUGAAGGUGGAGAACUUUUUGACCAAAUAACCAGAAAAGGCCGUUUAACAGAGGAUGAAGCUCGCUUUUAUGCUGCAGAAGUUGUGGAUGCUCUUGAAUACAUACAUAGCAUGGGAUUAAUACAUCGAGAUAUCAAGCCAGAGAACUUACUGCUGACAGGGGAUGGACAUAUUAAAGUUGCUGAUUUUGGGAGUGUGAAGCCAAUGCAGGACAGUCGCAUCACUGUUCUUCCUAAUGCAGCCUCAGAUGAUAAGGCUUGCACAUUUGUGGGUACUGCUGCGUAUGUCCCUCCUGAAGUCCUCAACUCAUCUCCUGCAACAUUUGGAAAUGACCUCUGGGCACUUGGCUGCACCUUGUACCAGAUGCUUUCAGGAACUUCUCCUUUCAAAGAUGCAAGUGAAUGGCUUAUAUUUCAAAGAAUUAUAGCCCGUGAUAUAAGAUUUCCUAACUACUUUUCAGAAGAAGCUAGAGACAUUAUUGAUCGGUUAUUGGAUAUAGAUCCCAGCAGAAGACCAGGCGCCGGAUCUGAUGGUUAUUCUGCACUCAAAAUGCAUCCUUUCUUUAAGGGAGUUAACUGGAAGAAUAUUAGAGAAGAAACUCCUCCGAAAAUCGCAUUGGAGCAACAAAUGGCACAGUCUGGUGACGGUGAGCAUGAUAAUGAUUCUUCAUGGAACCCUACACAUAUCGGGGAUGGUUCAAUAAAACAGAAUGAUGGAAAUGUUGGAGCUUCAUCUACUGAAGCAUCUGGUUCUGUAACUAGAAUUGCCUCUAUUGACUCCUUCGAUUCUAAAUGGCAACAAUUUUUGGAACCAGGGGAAUCUGUUAUUAUGAUCUCAAUGGUGAAAAAAUUGCAGAAAUUGACAAGCAAGAAAGUGCAGCUCAUUCUCACUAACAAGCCAAAAUUGAUUUAUGUGGAUCCUUCAAAGUUAUUGGUAAAAGGAAAUAUAAUUUGGUCUGACAAUUCUAAUGACCUGAAUGUGCAGGUUAUAAGUCCUUCAAAUUUCAAGAUCUGUACGGUGCGUAUUGAUUCUCCCCAUCAUUUCCCACAAUCAUUUCUUGUUUCUCUUGCAAAUUAUUGCAAUAUCAAUCUCAGGAUCCAAUGCCAUGCUUAUGAAACUCUUGGCCUGGGAAUAAUUUUAAACAUGAAUAAACUACAGCCACGCUUUGCUUGUUUUAUUUUCUUUGAGUAUAGCUUGCUUCGCAUUUUCAUGUUUGUGAUUCAUAGCUGUGUACUGGUUCAGCCAAAGAAGGUAAUGACAUUUGAGGAUGCAAAACAAAGGGCAUCGCAGUGGAAAAAGGCGAUCGAGAGUCUUCAAAACCGGUGAAAAUCUGUGUGGUUUUGGCAAGACAUUCUUCAAUGUUGUGAUAUUGUAGAACAAUUGGGGAUUCUUACAAGAAUUUGACAUCCCUGAGAAUUAUUUAUUUUCUGAAAGAGAUUAAAGAUGUUCAUCCCACUUCAAUCAGCAUCUUCAAGGUGCAAAUAUAUUGCUUCAAGCUCUCCUGCCUGUUUUCUUAGAACUGAGUUGGUGAUGAGAGUCUUGCUGCCCAUUUAUGCUUUGUAAGAAAUUAAUGUACCAUGUUUCUCCCAAUUUAGGGUUUCUAGGGGGCUAGGGUUCAGAACUUUUUUACUGUAUUUAACAUUACAACACAUCAAUGAAAAUUUUCUUUCCAAGAAA